AUGAGUCUGGUUUCUCUUGCAUUUGCUGGCUCCGUUGGCAUGACAUUUGUGAUAUUGGCAUGUGCACUGCCUCAGUUUAAAGUAUGGUGGCCAUUUUUUGUAGUACUUUUCUAUAUUUUGUGUCCAAUUCCAACGAUGAUAGCGCGACGUCACACAGAUAGCACAGGAGGCACAAACUCUACUGGUAUGGAGACCGCAAUCUUUAUAACUAUGGGCAUUCUUGUUAGUUCAUUUGCACUACCUAUAGUGCUAGCUCGAGCUGGAGGGAUAAUGUGGGGUGCAUGCUACCUGACUCUAGCAGGCAAUGUCAUAGUUUAUUUGACCAUACUAGGUUUCUUCACCAUUUUUGACAUGGAUGAUUCUGAUUAUGCUAUGUGGGCUCAACUAAUUAAUCCGGCAAGAGCACAGAAACUCAAUAAGUAUAUUGUGCAACAACAUUUUAAUGCCAUCAAAGCCAUUUAUGAAGAUUUGAAUAUUUGUAGUCAUCCGGAGCGUCUUUAUAAUAUGGAUGAAAAGGGGUACAGAUUAACAAUCCACCACCAACACAAAGUAUUUGCUGCAGAAGGGACCAAAUGGGUGCACGUCGUUGCCCAAGAACACGCAGAAAAUAUAACAAUUGCUAUGUGCGUGAAUGCAACAGGAAAUACUGUGCCACCAAUGGUUAUUUUUAAGGGCAAAAUAUUACGACCAGAAUUUUGCGAUUAUAUGCCUCCCGGAACUUUAGUAAAGAUGGCCACGAAGGGAAGCAUGACGACCGAACUAUUUGUUCAAUUUAUUAACCACCUGGGUCAAUUUAAAUCUCAAGGAAAAUGUUUGUUAAUUUUUGACGGGGCUUCUUUACACUUGGAUGCUCGAAUUGUAGAUACUGCUGAUGCUCAUGACAUUGUGCUUUAUUGUUUACCAUCCAAUACUACACAUGAAUUGCAACCCCUUGACAAAUCAGUUAAUAAAUCUUACGAACAUUUCUGGGACGAAAACUGA